AUGUCUAUGACUCAAAAACCAGUUUCUUUGAAAGUUAACGCUGCUUUAUUCGAUGUCGAUGGUACUAUCAUCAUCUCUCAAGCCGCUAUCGCUGCUUUCUGGAGAGAUUUCGGUAAAGACAAACCAUACUUUGAUGCUGAACAUGUCAUCCACAUCUCUCACGGUUGGAGAACUUACGAUGCUAUUGCCAAGUUUGCUCCAGAUUUCGCUACUGAAGAAUAUGUCACCAAAUUAGAAGGUGAAAUCCCAGAAAAAUACGGUGAACACUCUGUUGAAGUCCCAGGUGCCGUCAAGUUAUGUAACCAGUUGAACAGUUUACCAAAGGAAAAAUGGGCUGUUGCCACCUCCGGUACUUAUGAAAUGGCUCACAAAUGGUUCGAUAUUUUAGGUAUUAAAAGACCAUCUUACUUCAUCACUGCUAACGAUGUUAAACAAGGUAAGCCACAUCCAGAACCAUACUUAAAGGGUAGAAACGGUUUAGGUUUCCCAAUCAACGAACAACACCCAGCUGAAUCUAAGGUCAUUGUCUUUGAAGAUGCUCCAGCUGGUAUUGCUGCCGGUAAAGCUGCUGGUUGUAAGAUUGUUGGUAUUGCUACUACCUUCGACAAAGAAUUUUUGAUCGAAAAGGGUUGUGAUAUCAUCGUCAAGAACCACGAAUCCAUCAGAGUUGGUGGUUACAACGCUGAAACCGAUGAAGUCGAAUUCAUCUUCGAUGAAUACUUAUACGCUAAGGAUGACUUGUUAGAAUGGUAA